AUGGAGCCCUCAGCAAGCUCCAAAGUGACUGUUGAAUAUCACGACCCAUCUGGUGUCUUUCCCCUGAUUGCUUCACAGCUCCAAUCUCGCUUGCCUCUUCGAAAUUUGCAUUGGAAGGCACCCACAAGGCCGCUUAGGUCCAUAGAAACUUUGCACAUUGACUUUGUCCCUGCUCCUGAUAUCAUUGAAUCUGCCCGACCCGUAAGUGUUGGCCCAAGGGCAACCAAUAGCGGCGAUAAUGGGUCGCGCAGCUCGUCGCGGCCGCCAUCGCGAAGCAGAAGCGAUGCCUUGAACUCCGACGGACCGAGAUUUCCAGUCCGUGAGAGGAGACACCAAAUCCCCGGUCUACGGCAGACCCCAUAUCUGAAAAUCUUGCUGUUUCGUUGCGAUGACCCCGAGACUUACAAAGUGGCCGCCCGAAAGCAACUUCGAGAAUGGGUGAGAUCCCACACUCCGCCGUCCCAAUCCUCUUCCGGAUCCGCCAGCGGCCAAGAGAACCACGAUGCUUUUGAAUGGCUUAUCAUCCAUGUUGUGGUUCCCGAUACGGUAGCCUCUCUUCAACCUCGAUCAAGCGGUUCGUCGAGUAGCAGUGCAGCCGCCGGAUCAGAGAGAGCCGGCGGGACUUCGAAGUGGCCUGGAAGGGGUUCAAGUACCAUCUUCGAGAAAGUUCGACAAGAUUUCAAUGCCUCAAGCAAAUCUGCCCCAGACCGCGUCGCUCAAAUCAGAGUCCAAAAGAAUGAGCUGCCGGCCGAUUUUCCUUUGCCAUCUACGGCCUUGAGCCCUGCAUCGACCCCUUAUGGAGACGGCCCACAAGAGCAACUGAACUCCUGGAACGAUGUUAUCGCUAAAUUGAAGAGCCUUAUCUUACUGUCGUUUGAUCAGCGCGUAAGCCAAUACGAAGAGGACAUUCGCGAGAAAGAUUCUCAGCGUGCCUUACCGGGCUGGAAUUUCUGCACCUUCUUUGUGCUCAAAGAGGGCUUGGCCCGAGGAUUCGAGAAUGUUGGUCUCGUGGAAGAUGCAUUGGUGGGAUACGAUGAACUUGCUAUUGGCCUUGACACGAUCCUUCGUGACCAGUCUUCAGGUGGUUUAGAAGGCCAUGGAGGGAUAUUACUUGACUACACAGAGGAUCUGCAGCACCAACUAUUGAAAGCGCAAGCCCAGGCACAAUCGGCGGAGGAUCCCUCGACGUCCUCGCAUACGCAGAUCGACUUGUUCAACCAAUUCUUGGAACGGCCGAUCGAGUCGUCUCGCAAGGAUUACAGGGACUUGAUCAUGUCAAACAACGUCUCGGUGUAUGAGUUCAGAUGUUAUAUUUUCGCUCGACAGAUGGCUCUACUUCUUCGGAUGGGCAAAACAACCACAUCUUCAGCCGGGCCUGAGACCGAUGAUCUUAUAAUUUUAGCAGAGCUUUGCCGAAGGGCCGUGGCGUUCAUCACAAACCUCGCCAGAAUUGUGAGAGCAGACCUCUUGACAGGAUCCGAGUCGAUCCCAAACUCUAGGUCGUCUGUGGAAGGACUUGUUGAGCAUCUUACGGCAUCUUGGAUCCAUGCAACCGCAUCCCAAAUACUCGCCGUAACUGGGAGCUCAGCCUUGCCAUUUACAUUGAACAACUCCUUACCGACAAAUCCGCCAAUGGACGGGAAGUCUAACCCUUCCGAAGCGAGAACAGCAGUGCAUCCUUCACGGGCGAGCUCGCUCGUCCAUCGCCGCUCGUCCGCACAAUUUUCCGGCGGGGAGCCACCAUAUGCUUCCACACCAGCAACUAGUCAAGUGAUAUUUGAUCAGCAGCAAUCACUUCAGACAUCCGCACCAAGAAUUCCUGCUAGAGGCCCCGAGGGACUCAAAUCAGGUCUGGAAGACUACUCUGCAUCUCGAGGAGAGCUAGUUCUCUUGCAACGUCGCACACUUGAGGAAAUUGGAGAGAACAAGGAUUGGUUUGUCGGGUGGAGAUCUAAACUUCUCAACCAGGGCAGGUCAUUGGACGAUGUCGACCUUGAUGACGAUAGUCAACAGGACGAGAAAUCGAUCAAAAGCACUGAUCAAGGGAUCGGGCUCGCUGGGUUAUAUUUUCCCUCACUGGCGAAGGCUAUGCGGUCACUUUCAGACUUCCGAGAGUUGUAUGAGAGUCUCAGCUAUUACUCGCUGAAACACUUCCACACCGCUGCUCGCGUUCAGUCUGCGGAACGGAUCAUGGGUGAUUUGGCGAUACUGAAAUUUGAACUGGGUGACUAUGCUGGUGCGGCAGUCUACUUCAGCAGAGCAAGCCCAUUAUACGCACAGUCGAGGUGGGGAUUUGUUGAAACAGCGAUGCUAAAGUUGCAUGUCCAAUGCUUAAAGAAGCUCCAUCGAAAAGAUGAGUAUAUCAGGGUCCUCUUCCGUCUCCUUGCAAAGGCUGCCGCCUCUGAGAAAGCUCGCUUGCUCCCUCGACCUAAGCUCAAGCCACACACCUCGAGUUUGGACAAUGCGGAGGUCGUUGCUAGCACGAUCCAAGCGACAUGGCUUGAUGAUGACUUGGUCGAUACGCAAGGCUAUUUGGCUGAGCUUGUCUCCUUUUCAGAUGAGCUUCCAUAUGAUGUCACCGUUCCCAUGGCACAUUAUUUUGCAGAUAUCACGGUAAUACCAACCAUACGACACUUCGAAGACAAGGACGGGUUCGAGCUGCAAGUACGGGUUCGACACGUUCUCUCCGAUGAUGUGUCUAUUCAAGAGGCCAAAGUUUUAUUAAAAGCUUCAGGCCAACGGCAAGUUCCAGACAUCUGGCUGACCAGUCGACAACCAACCACUGUCCGGAAAGGCCUUCAAUCGAUAAUGGUUGAAUCGCAUAUCAAUACAUUUGGAGACUAUACCAUUGAUCAGGUAUUGCUGAAGUCGAAUAAGGUUGUCUUUGUGCAUGAAACGGGCAGCAAAGAAUCCGCAUCCGCGCCUUUGGAUCCGCCACUAUCAACAUCUGGCCAUUUACAUUCAUCCAGGAGACUCCGAGUUCGGUCCUACGGUCACGCAGAUGCAUUGGACGCCAACCUAUCACUCUCCGACUUCAUCCAUAUCGACAAGACGAGAAGCAUUGAUCUUGCCAUUUCAACCCGGCGGAACGAAGUCUCGACUGCCGUGAUUAGACUAAAGGCAGGGACAGCCGGAUUGAGAAUCCAUACCAGCGAUUGUUCGAUCCUUCAAGGACCCGGCAGACUCGGCGAUGUCAAUCGGUCGGGGAUCAUUGAAGUAUCCGAUAUUCCCUCUGGAGGUGUGACGAAGCUUAAGAUCCCGUACGAGCUGGAGGCGAAUCCUAAAGAUAUUGCUGUCUCCAUGGAGAUCAGUUAUAACACAGCGUAUGGUUUGUUCGUGUUCCAAACAGCGUCGUCCUUGCCUGUCGAGCUGCCGCUCGAUGUGAAUGUGCACGACAUCUUCAAAGCUUCCUCCCUUUUGUCACGCUUCACGAUUCGCACCGCAACCGGUAUCCCGCUUCAAGUAUUGAACAUCAAUCUCCAGGGGUCCAAACAAUACGCCGUACAGCCAUCUUCCUGCAAAAUCACCCCAAUGAUAAUAUUCUCCAAGGAGCCAGCAUCGAUCCUCUACAAAAUCAAGAGGAUCGAUAAGGGACGUCCUGACUCUCAGCUCCUUCAAGAUCACGGUGUCAAAUCUUCACCCAUUGUGCUCGAGGUAGACUACAGGCGCCUUGAAGAGGAUAUUUUUACGUUGGCGGAAUCACAGUUUGAAACGGGACUUGGACAAUCUGAACACGCUCGAUUUGUCCGGCUUUUGUUGCCGUGGUUCUCGGAAUCUUUCAAAUCUAGAUUAGGAAGGGCUGACUUCGACAAAAUCGCCAUGCUAAAGACGAUCCCGCUGGGCUCUUUCGACGAGUGGAAUUGGUCAGAGGUGGUUGAAGCGCUGCCUGGGGCGAUGACGCGGAACAUCUACGACUGGCUCGAAACAUGGCAUGAGGCUAAUCCAACCAUUCUGCUACCGCCUGUAAACUCACUAGGCGAGUCCGCAUUGCGUACCCGCCGGAUUGCCAUCACCGUGACGAUCCCCCGGAUUCCCGUGGUGUGUACGGCCACCAUCGCCCUCAAGCCCAAUUGCUCGGACUCUUCAUCACCACUCACCUCAAACCAACCACACAUCAUCCCCAUCGGAGCUCCUAUUUCCGCCACGGUAACCAUCACUGCUACCCGCCGAUGGGACCCCGCAGCGUCCCCUCUCGCCACCGACCCGAUCGCCCUCGUCUUCGAACUCGACGCACACCCCGACAUCUGGCUAAUCGGCGGCUCGCGUCGCUGCGCCUUCACCGUGACGCCCCCUGAAACGGCGACUUUCCCGAUCGUGCUCGUGGCAUUACGACCCGGCCGUCUUCUCCUCCCGAGGGUGGAGGUGCGGGCGUCCGGACCGACUGACUCGCAGAGCAGGCCGGCGGGACAGGCGGACGAUGUGUCUGGAGAGCCGGAGGUGGUUGUCGAGACGGACUUUACGGGGGUAGGGGAGGCGGUAGUGGCGAUACCGGAUGUAGGGGCGACGACGGUCGGGGUGGGGAAGGCGGAGGGGAUGCAUGGCGGCGUGUUUCUAGUGGAGACGGAGUCAAGGGAGGCAGGGCUUGCGUAG